AUAGUGAUAUUUUCUCUGGUUUAUGUUGAAGUUCCACCACUUUCUCCUAGGCUGUCCUGCUCUCUAAUCUCAAGGCAUUGUGCAAAUUCACUUGCGAAUGUGAAAUCCGUAUUUUAUUGCAGCAUAAUUUAGCACGCCAUACAUUUUGUUGUAGUGGAGUGCUCCAUGUUGUAGCGUCCGGGGAUAUUGCAGUGCGUAUGUGGUGGAUAAAUACGCCUUAAAAUAUCGCAACGCUAUUCACCUGGCAAGCACUGCACAGUAAACAUGAAUAAGGUGAGCUGUGAGGUUAAAAAAAAAACACACACACACACAACAUCCAAAGCAACAUUAGCAGAUUUCCUUUCUGUAGCCGCUGUGUGUGAGCCUUGCAGCAGCACCCAGAAGUGAACAAAGCGACCCGGAAGCGGUGGUCCGACUGGAGGCAGACAGAACAUCAACCUUUUAUAUUAUAGCUGUUCUCGCAAGACAAUAUCUGCAGCCAGGACACAAGGAUGGCAGAGCCUCGAUUUAACAACCCCUAUUUUUGGCCACCACCUCCCUCCAUGCCAGGCCAGCUGGAUAACCUGGUCCUCAUUAACAAGAUCAAGGAGCAGCUGAUGGCGGAGAAGAUUAGACCUCUGCACCUGCCGCCUACCUCCACCCCGUCCCAGCAGCCGCUGCUGGUGCCCACCUCGUCGCCGGACGGCGGCGCUCCGCACGGCAUGUCGGUCCCAAAACCUCAGUCGCAGCAGGUGCCGGCCCACCACUCGCAGCCGCAGGGCUCUGGGCAGCUAGACAUCACUCUGCACGCUCGACCCGCCUCCAGCUCUGGUCCAGAUGGAAAUCUGGAUGACAAGUCAUCGGUAAAAGCCAAAGGAUUAUGGGAGGACUGGCACAUGAGACAGCUCACCGAGCAAUCGGGCCGGGUCAACCAUCGUUCAGGCCUGGCUCCCUCAUCUCGACCCGACAACCACAGCACCUCGGAGGCCCUGACCCCCACCACUCCGACCUCGAGCAGCCAGAACCGAAUGGGCGGGGCUCCUUCUGUGAACAUCAUCUCCGGACUGGCGAGCGGUCCCGGCAUGGACCACAUGAAGGGCGGACUGGGCGGACUGGCCGGACUCCUGGGCCCCCCACCCAAGGCACCUCGGGGGAGAAAGAAGAUAAAAGCGGAAAACACAUCUGGGCCUCUUCUGGUGGUGCCCUACCCCAUCCUGGCGGACCAAGGCUGCGUCACUGUGGCACCUAAAGAGGGCAAAACCUACAGAUGCAAAGUCUGCCCGCUCACCUUCUUAACCAAGUCAGAGAUGCAGAUUCAUUCCAAGUCCCACACAGAGGCCAAGCCACACAAGUGUCCCCACUGCUCCAAGACAUUCGCCAACGCCUCCUACCUUUCCCAGCACCUGCGCAUCCACCUUGGGAUCAAACCCUACCACUGCUCCUACUGCGAGAACUCGUUCCGCCAGCUGUCGCACCUGCAGCAGCACACCAGAAUCCAUACUGGCGAUCGGCCUUACAAAUGUGCUCAUCCUGGAUGUGAAAAAGCUUUUACUCAGCUGUCUAACCUUCAGUCUCACCAGAGGCAGCACAAUAAAGACAAGCCGUACAAAUGUCCCAACUGCUACCGUGCCUACUCAGACUCCGCAUCGUUGCAGAUCCACUUGUCGGCGCACGCCAUCAAAAACGCUAAGGCCUACUGCUGCAGCAUGUGCGGCCGGGCAUACACCUCAGAGACCUACCUUAUGAAGCACAUGUCCAAACACACAGUCGUGGAGCACCUAGUGAGCCACCAAUCGCCACAGAGGACCGAGUCCCCCAGCAUCCCCAUCCGGAUCUCCCUCAUCUGAGCUCGGCGGGCGUCCACCAGCAGGAUUUCUCGGUCUGGGUCGGGCCGGACGUCCGGAGGCCCUGCACCCCACGUUCACCUACAUAAGGCUUACAUUAGCGUUGUGACAGCUGACACAAGCAUUCGGUGUUAAGAUUCAGUAAACGGACUGCCUCCAUCCGUCUCCACCUGGGCUGUCUGGCGGUAAAAAAAAAAAAAAAAUUAUAUAUAUAUAUAAACAAAUCAAAUCAAAUAAGAGCACAGCGUUGUUUCGUGAAUGUAACAGUACAGCUUGACGUUGAUCUGGCGGUCCGAGCGGCAAAGAAUGUCUUGGGUCAGAUUCAGUAAGCACUUUGGUAAGCAUCAUGUAAACCGUUGGACGCAUCGGCCUGUUAAAUAUAUUUUAGAUACUUUUUUUUUUUUUUUACCCCCUUCAGUUUAGAUUAUUUUGUCCCCCCCUUUUCCAUAAAAUGGGUUUUCAAAACUUGGCCUUUUUAAAGUAUUGAGAGAGGAUGUAUGUGGGGGGGGGGAUAUUUGCUGGGUGUAUUUGGAAAACAUCCAAAGAUGACCUUAAAGCACUUUUUGGCACUGUGGUUUUGGCUCAAACUGUUUUAAUCAAGUUGGAGGGAAAAUGCCAAAAAAAAAAAAAAAGGGGGCAUUACUUCUGGCAGCUAGGAGUACAAACAAAUGACGGUUCUCUGUGCUGCUCUCUUCAUUUUUUUUUCUGCACAAGUCCACGGCCAUCCAAACCUGAUGACAGGCAAUCGGUCGAUGACAAUUCAAAUGAUUGUAUUAGGAGGUGGAGUUAUUGGCAGAAAUGGAGCAACAUUAAAUGGAAUAUAUUUUUCUUGUUUUAGCUCUCAAAUUCUGUGACAGCCGUAUUUGAAUUUUUUUCAAUUUAAAGGCACCUUUUGGAAAUGUCACAUUUGUGUACCCAUUUCCCGCAUCCCUUUUCCACACACACACACAAUCACUGACACACUCUAUUUUUAUGCUCGUGCAAGUGAUCAGUGCCAUACUUGACCUUUGAGAACUGAAGAGGAAGCCAAUCUUAAACAGUUUAUGAAGGCUUUGACGAUUCCUUUUUUAUAAGGUUUUGACACGUUUGUCAGAACUUAAGUAAAUUUUUUUUUUAAAUCAGCUCAAAUUCCAGCUGAAAUAGUUUUUUUUUUUUUUUUUUUGAAGUGGGUAAUUUUAAAUCCAACCACUGGACCAAAAUGUGAAGUUAAUGUACAGCUACUCUCACCUAGUCGACCCCCGCCCCUUUUUUUUUUUUUUUAGUUCUCUUUAAAAUAAGCUUUACUCAUCUUGAAGAAACUGCAGUAUACGUCCUACUCGGUAGGAUUACGAGUGUGUGCCGAGGUAAAUCCUCAGCUUUUUCCUCCUCGCUCUCUCUUUCUCUAGUAUUAUUUUUACUGUACACAGUAUUGUUUGUUGUAUUUUUACUGUAACCUCCGAACGGUACUCGUAGCGUUCCCUGUAUUCUUCAGGGCGCUUCAGAAAAAAAACGGUGCUGCGGCUCGUUGUUAGCUCGGAGAAGGAACUGAGAAUAAUGUAAAAUACAUAUACAGUAUAUAGUAUGUUUUCAAAAAGAAUAAGAACCUAUUACUCAAGCCACUGGCCUGAAAAACGGACAUUUACGCCAACAACAGACCCUGCCUCUUCAACGUACUCUCUCUAACUCUCUCAAUCUUUUUAUUUUUUUGAGAUAAUGGAAAAAUGUACAUGUUCCUGUACUGUAAAACAUGUUACUCAUAUAGUACCUACUUUUUGGUUUCCAUCGAUAUGUUCUGUUUGGAAUUUGUAAAAGUUCAAUAUGAAUUUACUGUAAUUAUUUUAGUCUACCUGUAUGUUAUUAAUAUUCAUCUUUUAUAUCAGUUCUAUACAUGUAAGCCUUAACUGUUUAUCAUCCCAGAUCCAUUACUCUGUAUUGUGUUCGACAGUAUUCAGUCGUGUAAGCAUUUUAUUCUUGUUUUGUUCUUUUUGUUUUAUUCCGCAUGGAGUUCUUGAGCUGUAAUCUGUAUAACUGUUUAACCCAUGUUCUCUAUGAAAAAAGAUAUUCAGUAGAUUUA